UAUUCAUAAUUACAAACAGCUCUCUGGAAAGCAUUUGCCUUCUCUCUUCUGGUUUUCUCCUUCUGCUGAAUGUUUAUUUGAUCCCUGCCACCAGCAUCAUGUAACCGCAUAAUCCUUCCAUGGUUACACUUACAGGACACCCUCCCAAACAACUAAGCUGUCCUUCUGCAAGCACUUUAAUCAAAAAGUGUUAUAGGGUUUGAUUUUAAGAACCUGAGAAGCCUCUUGCUUUUUAAAAAGGAGCAUGCAUAAAUAUGUGCAGAUUUUCCAGAUAAAACUAAAAACACAUCCUUUCAUCUAAAAUAUACUCUGGUUUAAAAUCUGGAAUAUUGGUGUGGGAGACGAAAGACAAUUUCCCAUUUGACUUGUUUGUUUUGUUUCCUUUUAUGUGGAGGGUAGAGUAGAGGGAGGAAAUGGGAAGAGAAAGUUGAAUUAUCCCAGUAAUUUUCUAGGAGUCUCAGCCCUAACCAUUUCCAAAAUAAAAAACCAUCUCGUUAAAGUUACUACGAGCAUACAUCUUUUGCAGGAGGUGGUUGAGGUAAUCAGGUCUCAAAAAUGCAAUUAAAAUGGGGUCUGAAACCCCAAAUUAGUAAGCAGAAUCUUUAGUCAAUAUACAAAAGGCCACACGAAUGGGUUGAGCUUACUGAAGAUUACUGUUUGUGGCCCAGGAAAUGCCUCUCUCGCCACUCAUACAGUUUUAUAUUCUCCUGUAAAAUAAGCAUGUCAUGAGAAGUUCCCUGAGGAACUUUGAAGACAAGUGUAUGAGAGCUCUGGAGCCCCAUCCCCCUGCCCUGAGCAUAGUCGCCAAAAGGACUUUCCACUUAGUUUACUCUAUGCUUGCUUUUGAGCCUGCGGCAAAAAAUUCUACCUUCUGAGCGACUGUGGGUGGAGGGAGGGCCUGAGAUGACAUCAAAUCACAGUUCUUUCUCCUCCCUUCAGGAAGUAAAGUCCACUAGCAGGAGGGCCUAAAUCGUCUGAGCCCUCCUUGGCUCUUACAAUGCUUACUUGUUUUCACAGUGCAGUAAAAUGAAAUGCCUUAGAAAAAGAGUAACAUUCCAGAAAAUGGUGUAAUUUAUUUUUCUUCCUUAAUUGCCCGAUCUGUGGAGGAUUUCUUUGCUGAACACCACAUCAAAGUCGAGAGUUCACCCAGAGGACCAGCAGGGUGAUGUACAGCUUCCCCAAGAAACUGGCUUGCAGACCUGGGGCGAGGGACACUGAGUACAGUUUUCAGAUUGGCCACCCUACAGUCACUGAGGUCAGGCUUUCCAGGGAUCUUCUGCAUUUAAAAUAGAAGAGGCAUCAUGCUGAAGAGGGAGGGGAAGGCCCGACCUUACACUGAAACCCCGGAUGGAGGAUGGGGAUGGAUGAUUGUGGUUCAUUUUUUCCUGGUGAAUGUGUUUGUGAUGGGGAUGACCAAGACUUUUGCAAUUUUCUUUGUGGUCUUUCAAGAAGAGUUUGAAGGCACCUCAGAGCAAAUUGGUUGGAUUGGAUCCAUCAUGUCAUCUCUUCGUUUUUGUGCAGGUCCCCUGGUUGCUAUUAUUUGUGACAUACUUGGAGAGAAAACUACCUCCAUUCUUGGGGCUUUCCUUGUUACUGGUGGAUAUCUGAUCAGCAGCUGGGCCAUAAGUAUUCCUUUUCUUUGUGUGACUAUGGGACUUCUACCUGGUUUGGGUUCUGCUUUCUUAUACCAAGUAGCUGCUGUGGUAACUACCAAAUACUUCAAAAAACGAUUGGCUCUUUCUACAGCUAUUGCCCGUUCUGGGAUGGGACUGACUUUUCUGUUGGCACCCUUUACAAAAUUCCUUAUAGAUCUGUAUGACUGGACAGGUGCCCUUAUAUUAUUUGGAGCUAUUGCACUGAAUUUGGUGCCUUCUAGUAUGCUCUUAAGACCCAUCCAUAUCAAAACUGAGAAUUCUGGUAUUAAAGAUAAAGGCAGCAGUUUGUCUGCACGUGGUCCAGAGGCAUGUGCAACAGAAACACACUGUGAUGAGACAGAAGAGUCUACCAUCAAGGACAGUACUACGCAGAAGGCUGGACUACCUAGCAAAAAUUUAAUAGUCUCACAAAAUCAAAGUGAAGAGUUCUACAAUGGGCCUAACAGGAACAGACUGUUAUUAAAAAGUAAUGAAGAAAGUGAUAAGGUUAUCUCGUGGAGCUGCAAACAACUCUUUGAUAUUUCUCUCUUUAGAAAUCCUUUCUUCUACAUAUUUACUUGGUCUUUUCUCCUCAGUCAGUUAGCAUACUUCAUCCCUACCUUUCACCUGGUAGCCAGAGCCAAAACACUGGGGAUUGACAUCAUGGAUGCCUCUUACCUCGUUUCCGUAGCAGGUAUCCUUGAGACGGUCAGUCAGAUUAUUUCUGGAUGGGUUGCUGAUCAAAACUGGAUUAAGAAGUAUCAUUACCACAAGUCUUACCUCAUCCUCUGCGGCAUCACUAACCUGCUUGCUCCUUUAGCCACCACAUUUCCACUACUUAUGACCUACACCAUCUGCUUUGCCAUCUUUGCUGGUGGUUACCUGGCAUUGAUACUGCCUGUACUGGUUGAUCUGUGUAGGAAUUCUACAGUAAACAGGUUUUUGGGACUUGCCAGCUUCUUUGCUGGGAUGGCUGUCCUUUCUGGACCACCUAUAGCAGGCUGGUUAUAUGAUUAUACCCAGACAUACAAUGGCUCUUUCUACUUCUCUGGCAUAUGCUAUCUCCUCUCUUCAGUUUCCUUUUUUUUUGUACCAUUGGCCGAAAGACGGAAAAACAGUCUGACCUGAAAGAAAGAAGACUGCAAUCAAGUGAGAGCUUAACGAAAGAAAACCUAAACUAGUAUGUCACUGGAAACAAAAGCUUGAAAGAAACGCAUCUACAUUUGUAACAUGAGAAGGUAAACAAGAAUUUUUUUUUUUUUUUUUUUGAGACAGCGUCUCACUCUGUCACCCAAGCUGGAGUGCAGUGGCGAAAUCUCGGCUCACUGCAACCUCCCCCUCGCAGAUUCAAGCGAUUCUGCCUCAGCCUCCCAAGUAGCUGGGACUACAGGCACAUGCCAUCACACCCAGCUAAUUUUUUGUAUUUUUAGUAGAGACAGGGUUUCACCAUGUUAGCCAGGAUGGUCUCCAUCUCCUGACCUCCUGAUCCGCCCGCCUUGACCUCCGAAGUGCUGGGAUUACAGGCAUGAGUCACGGGGCGCUGCCAACCAGAUAAGUUUUUAAGGUUCCUUCUUGCUUUAGCAUUCUGAGAAAUGUCUAACUGGUAGCAAGACAAGAGUAAUAGCAGCCUGUAUUGUUAGUAUUUAAUCAAAUAGUCUGAAAUUUUAAUCAGGUAUCUUAUAUAUUAAAUAGAAAUCGGAAUGUACCAUAAUAAAUCCAAACUCUCAAUUACGCCAUGGUAAUUCAGUCACUAAAAUAUGUAAAGAUAGAAUAUUUUUUCUUAAUUUACAGAAGUGCGAAAAAUAACCUUUGAUUGAUCAGAACCCUAGAAUCUGAAUAUUAAAACCUUACUUAGUGACUGGAAUGGUAUAUACUCCUUCCAAAAGUUUAUCUUUGUUUAUUGAUUAAAGGUAAUCCUUACUUUCUUUGUAUUACUUAGGUUCUUAAUUAAAGAUAAUCCUUACUUUCUUUGUAUUACUUAGGUUCUUAAAUUUCUAUGAUAAGUAUGUAUUGCUAAAUAAUAAACAGUAUAUAAAAAUUGCUUUAAAAACUUCAUUUCAAGAUCAUUUGAACAGCAAUUUUGCCCAUCAAAGCGUCAUUUUCCACUACAUCUAAUUAACAAAAUAUUCACACUAAAUAUUGAAACAUCUCUUUACAAGAUUUACAUGAAAGCUGAAUAGGUGGUUUUAAUGGGAAAUAUGUUUAAAUUAAAAGAUGUUUCUUGUAUAUGGAAUAAUUAUGUUAAUAAUGUCACUUAGACUAAGCGAUUGCAUGUGAAUAGAGAGCCUUCAUUAUUUGAGUAAGCUUUUUUUUCCCUCCUCUUCCUCCUCCUGAGUGAUCUUUAAGAGGAAAAAACCAGCUAGAGUUCCCUGCAUCUGCAACACCAACCACCCUUAGCAUCUCCUUCAGAAUGCUUUUUUUUUUUUUUGAGACAGGGUCUCA